UGCAGCCUCCUUCACUACCAGCACUGGUCUCUGCUGAGCUUCUGCCCAUUCCUGGCAAAUCCUGUAGGACCCAAGUGUCGGCCAGCAGUAUGGCUACAAAAUGCACAAAGUGUGGUCCAGGUUACCCGACACCUGGGGAGGCCAUGAAAGGACCCCGAGAGAAGAUUGUCUACUUGCCCUGCAUUUACCGAAACACAGGCACCGAAGCCCCAGAUUACUUGGCCACUGUGGAUGUUGAUCCCAAGUCUCCCCAGUAUAGCCAGGUCAUCCACAGGCUGCCCAUGCCCUACCUGAAGGACGAGCUGCACCACUCAGGAUGGAACACCUGCAGCAGCUGCUUUGGGGACAGCACAAAGUCACGCAACAAGCUGGUGCUGCCCAGUCUCAUCUCCUCCCGAAUCUACGUGGUGGAUGUGGGCUCUGAGCCUCGUGCCCCAAAGUUGCACAAGGUCAUUGAACCCAAUGAAAUCCAUGCCAAGUGCAACCUGGGCAAUCUGCACACCAGCCACUGCCUGGCCAGCGGGGAGGUGAUGAUCAGCUCCUUGGGGGAUUCCCAGGGUAAUGCCAAAGGGGGCUUUGUGCUGCUGGAUGGGGAGACCUUCGAGGUGAAAGGGACGUGGGAAAAGCCUGGGUGUGCAGCUCCGAUGGGCUAUGACUUCUGGUACCAGCCUCGACACAAUGUCAUGGUCAGCACUGAAUGGGCAGCUCCCAAUGUCUUCAAAGAUGGCUUCAACCCCGCUCACGUGGAGGCUGGGCUGUAUGGGAGCCGCAUACAUGUGUGGGACUGGCAGCGUCAUGAGAUUAUCCAGACCCUGCAAAUGAAAGAUGGGCUGAUCCCUCUGGAGAUCCGAUUCCUGCAUGACCCAGCUGCCACCCAGGGCUUUGUAGGCUGCGCCCUCAGCUCCAACAUCCAGCGCUUCUACAAGAAUGAGGGAGGCACCUGGUCAGUGGAGAAGGUGAUCCAGGUGCCCUCCAAGAAAGUGAAAGGCUGGAUGUUGCCAGAAAUGCCCGGUUUGAUCACUGACAUCCUGCUGUCCCUGGAUGACCACUUCCUCUACUUCAGCAACUGGUUGCAUGGGGACAUCCGACAGUAUGACAUCUCUAACCCACAGAAGCCCCGCCUCACUGGGCAGAUCUUUAUUGGGGGCAGCAUUGUUAAAGGAGGCUCUGUACAGGUGCUGGAGGACCAGGAGUUAACAUGUCAGCCGGAGCCCCUAGUGCUCAAGGGAAAACGAGUUCCUGGAGGCCCUCAGAUGAUCCAGCUCAGCUUAGAUGGGAAGCGUCUUUACGUCACUACGUCACUGUACAGUGCCUGGGACAAGCAGUUUUACCCUGAUCUCAUUAGGGAAGGCUCCGUGAUGCUGCAGAUUGAUGUGGACACAGAAAAUGGAGGGCUGAAGUUGAACCCCAACUUUCUGGUGGACUUUGGGAAGGAGCCCCUUGGGCCAGCACUGGCUCACGAGCUUCGUUACCCAGGGGGUGACUGCACUUCUGACAUCUGGAUCUGAAGACUAGCCCUAAAGACCCUUCUCCACAUUCAGAGCCUUCCUUCUGAGGAGCCUGGCUUCACUCUGCUCUCAGCCCCAACUCUGCAAGGCCACACUGAGACCAGCGAGAUGUGUAGAGCAGCACCUUGCUACCAUUGCUUGUUGCUUGUGCUAUUCUUAAGUGAGCUCCUGGAAGUACCAAGAAAUAAAGUGCUGAACCUUUCCUCAGA